AUGGAGGUGGACGCGGUUGAGAAGCGCCAUCGGACGCGUUCCAAAGGGGUUCGAGUUCCGGUGGAGACGGCAGCACAGGAGUUAUUCAGCUGCCCUACUCCAGGAUGUGAUGGAAGUGGACAUGUCAGUGGCAAAUACGCCAGACACCGAAGUGUCUAUGGCUGCCCCCUGGCCAAGAAGAGGAAGACCCAGGAGAAACAGCCUCUGGAGCCUUCCCCCAAGAGGAGGCCCUACUUAACCCCUACCGACCCAGAGCUGAACCCUGAAGGAGAAGAGGAGGAAGGGGAGGAGGGGGAAGAGGUAGAAGAGAUAGAGGAGGAAGGAUUUUCUGAGGAUAACGGGGAGCUAGGUGAGGAAGAGGAGGAAGGAGAAGAGGCAGAUGAGGAGGAGGAUGAGGAAGAUGAGGAAGCAGAUGAUGGGGAUGAUGAAGAGCAAGAGGAAGGGGAGGAGCAAGAGGAAGAGGAACAGGAGGAUGAGGGUGACGAAGAUGAACAUGAGGAGGAAGAAGAGGAGGAGGAGGAAGAAGAGAACCGGCACAAAAAUGGCGGACAAUCAAAGCAUCACCCUACGGGACAGAAGGAUAACAUCAACAACAGCGCCCCUGGCCCUAACGUCGGCCCUAAUGGUGAAGAGUAUGAAAACUAUGAUGAGCUGGUGGCCAAGUCCCUUCUCAACCUGGGGAAGAUCGCCGAGGACGCCGCCUACCAGGCCAUGACCGAGUCAGAGAUGAACAGCAACUCCUCCAACAGCGCCGGCGAGGACGAUGAUGACGAUGAUGAUGACGAAGAGGGCAACGAGCGCGGCGGGGGCAGGAAGGGCAAGCUGAGCGUGGAUCUGGACAGCGACGUGGUCAGGGAGACGGUGGAUUCGCUCAAGCUGUUGGCGCAGGGCCACGGCGCUGUGCUCCCCGAUGAUGGCUACCCAGAAGGCGCCGGUUUGGAGGAUGGCAGGCAUCCCAAUGGGCGACUCCACCACCAUGGCGUCAGGGGUCAGGCUGAGGAGAGCGAGGAGGAGGUGUGCCUCAGCAGUCUGGAGUGUCUGAGGAACCAGUGCUUCGACCUGGCCCGCAAGCUGAGCGAGACAUCGCCUUCCGACCGCCUUGGACACCCCGGCCUGCAACACCACCAGGCCCAUCAGAACCACCACCCUAACCACUGCCAGGAGGGCCAGCAGCCAGACGAGCGUGGGUCCCUGGAGCGCAGCUACUCGGACAUGGUCAACCUGAUGAAGCUGGAGGAGCAGCUGAGCCCGGCCUCCAGGGGGGGCUACUCGGCCAGCUGCCACCAGGACGCGGACGAGGACACCACAUCGGUGGCCUCGGACCGCUCGGACGAGGCCUUCGACAUGACCAAAGGCAACCUGUCCCUGCUGGAGAAGGCCAUCGCCAUGGAGUCAGAGCGAGCCAAGGUCAUGAGGGACCGCAUGGCCUCGGAGGGACAUCAUAUGGUGGCCCGAAGGGACAAUCAUCAUCACCACCACCACGGCGAGCACAGCCCCAGACAGAGCAGCGGGGCGGAGGAGCGCAAGUCCAGAAUGCACCACGAUGGGUCAAAGAGAGCAUACUACCCUAAAGAUUCUGCAAGGGGGGACAAGAAGGAGAGUAAGUGUCCGACCCCGGGCUGCGAUGGGACAGGCCACGUCACGGGUCUCUACCCCCACCACAGGAGCCUGUCAGGCUGCCCCCACAAGGACAGGGUGCCACCAGAGAUUCUUGCAAUGUAUGAAAAUGUUCUAAAGUGCCCUACUCCUGGCUGCUCGGGGCGUGGCCAUGUCAAUAGCAACAGGAACUCCCACCGCAGUCUCUCGGGGUGCCCCAUCGCUGCUGCAGAGAAGAUGGUUAAAGUCCAGGAGAAGCACAUCCCAUGUGACGGGGGCCCCAAGUCCAACCAGGCUUCAGACCGUGUGCUGAGGCCAAUGUGCUUUGUGAAACAGCUGGAGAUCCCACAGUACGGUUACAAAAAUAACGUCUCCACCAGCACGCCGCGCUCCAACCUGGCCAAGGAGCUGGAGAAGUACUCCAAGACCAGCUUCGACUACGCCCAAGCCUACGACAGCCAGCAACACGUCUACGGUGGGGGGAAGAGAAGCCUGGUCCCCAAGCCCCAAGGACGGGACUUCUCGUCUAAGGCAUAUGAUGCCAAGCGCUACUGUAAGAGCCCAGCCAGCAGCACGACGAGCAGCUACGCUCCCAGCAGCAGCAGUCUGAGCUGCGGAGGGGGAGGGGGCGGCAGCAGCGCCAGCAGCACCUGCAGUAAGAGCAGCUUCGACUACACACACGACAUGGAGGCUGCCCACAUGGCCGCCACGGCCAUCCUCAACCUGUCCACGCGCUGCAGGGAGAUGCCCCACGGCCUGGGAGGCAAGCCCCAGGAUCUCCUCUCCCAGAGUCCUGAUGGGGACGUGGAUGACAACAGUACCCUGGAGCUGAGUGUGAGCCGUGGGCAGCCUGGGGGUCCUGAGGGGAGUGGCACGGUGCUGACGCCCCUGCAGCCCAUGUCCCCCCAGCGCCAGGCCCUGCUAAACAGCAGCCGCUGCUACCAGAUGAGUGAGGCCGACUGCUGGGACCUACCAGUGGACUACACCAAGAUCAAGCGCAUCACUGACGACGAUCACAAAGAGGUCGAUGACCUGGACCCAUUCCAGGACCUUCUGGAUGAGCAGCACUAUGGAGGGGACGUGACCAUGCCCAGCCCCAAACACAAGUACUCCGUCUGCAAGGAGGGCAAGAAGGAACUCAUCACUCUCUCAAACUGCCAGUUAGCUGACAAAAGCAUCCGCAGUAUGAUGACAACCAAUGCCCAAGACCUCAAGUGUCCCACUCCGGCAUGUGACGGGUCUGGACACAUCACUGGGAACUACGCCUCGCACAGGAGUCUGUCAGGCUGUCCACGGGCGAAGAAGAGCGGGAUCAAGAUACUGCACAGCAAGGAGGACAAGGACGACCAGGAGCCAAUUAGGUGUCCAGUCCCAGGCUGUGAUGGACAGGGUCACGUGACGGGGAAGUACGCGUCCCACCGCAGCGCGUCGGGCUGCCCCCUGGCGGCCAAGCGGCAGAAGGAUGGCUACGUCAACGGCUCCCAGUUUGCAUGGAAGUCCGGGAAGACAGACGGCAUGUCGUGCCCGACCCCGGGCUGCGAUGGAUCAGGACAUGUCAGCGGGAGCUUCCUGACCCAUCGGAGUCUUUCUGGUUGCCCCCGUGCCACCUCAGCCAUGAAGAAAGCCAGAAUGACUGGGGUAGAAAUGUUAACAAUCAAGCAACGAGCAAGCAAAGGAAUAGAAAAUGACGAGGACAUCAAACAGCUGGAUACAGAAAUCAAAGAUCUAAACGAAUCAAACAAUCAAGUGGAAUCAGACAUGAUUAAACUUAGGACACAAAUCACCACUAUGGAGACUAACCUGAAGUCCAUAGAGGAGGAGAACAAAGUUAUUGAGCAGCAGAAUGAUUCCCUACUGCACGAACUAGCCAACCUCAGCCAGUCUCUCAUCAACAGCUUAGCUAAUAUCCAGCUCCCACAUAUGGAGCCAAUGAAUGAACACAACUUUGAUAGUUAUGUGAAUACUUUGACAGAUAUGUACACCCAUCAGGACCAAUACCAGAGUCCAGAGAACAAGGCCCUAUUGGAGAACAUCAAACAAGCGGUGCAAGGCAUCCAAGUGUAG